AUGGAGGUUAUUCUACCCCUUAGUCCUACAAAGGACUUCGACUUCAAUUCUUCAGCAUACCCUAGCGCACCCUCGACUCCAAGACUUCUCGGCGACUGCUACUUCAGUGCUCCGAACAGCCCUACACGAGUCACUGAGUUACACCGUGAGUUUGAUGAGCUCUUGGUUUCCGAUGGCGCACAACGAUACAAUUCUCUUGCAACUGUUCCUUUCGCAUGGGAAGAAAGGCCUGGCGUUCCAAAGUCAUUCAUUAACGUAUUCGACAGUGAUUUUGCGUUUGAUGUGAGUGGUGAACUCUAUAGGGAUUCAUCAGCCACGGCUGAAGAUCUAUUCGACGGUGGCGUCAUCAAGUCUAUGGAUCCACCGCCACCUGUUCGUGAAAUUAAGAACAGAGAGAUUAAAACGUCGAGGGGAAGAGAGAGAAGCUCGUCUGGUUUAGUUUCAUCAAGAAGUAGAAGAACAAGAUCGCUUCCUCCGGUUAGAGGACUAGAACAACCACCGGUGAGACCUACGACGGAUUCAACUUCCACCACUCUUUCCGCUUCUGGGUCCGGAAAAGGGUCGAAAAAAUGGAGCUUUAAGGAUCUUUUCUUGUUCAGAAGUGCUUCAGAUGGUCGAGCCAUGGAUAGAGACCCUUUGAAGAAAUACUCGGCCACCUUCAGGAAACAUGAUGAAGAUCUUAGAAACUCGAGCAUACGAUCGGACAGGUCCGGGUCUGGAUCCGGGUCGACCAGAAGAGGACGUGUAUCGGCUCACGAGUUGCAUUACACGGUCAACCGAGCUGUUUCGAAUGACAUGAAGAAGAAAACGUUCUUGCCUUACAAGCAAGGAUUAAUGAAUGAAUUUGUUUGUUGUAUAAAGAGAACUGUGUUCCUAGAUGUUUUAGACAUCAUGUAA